AUGAGGGGCAGGGGCAGGGGCAAGGGCGGCGGCGUGGCGCCUGCCAAGGGCGAGGAAGGACCUCCCCGCCGCGGCGCAGCCUCGUCUGACUCGCGGCAAGUUCACUUUCGCCCGCAGUUCACGGCGAAGGAUGGCGUGCACGUGUGCCGGAGCAAGCAGCAACGCACCUCUUCACAGCCGCCCGCAGCAAAGACGAUGGCAGCGAGAGUGAUCGUAGUGAACAUUGUCAGUUACUACGGCAAAAGCGGAGCUAUGGUCGAUGCUGCACGACAAGAGAACAGACGGAAAGAAGAAAACAAGGUUGAUGAUGAUGAAAAGAAAGACGAUGAUGAUGAAAAUAAAAAUGACGAUUACAGAUUACGAUUACACAUUAAAGUUUGA